AACACGUCUGGUACUGGAAAAACUAGACUGCUUUUCGAAGGUCUUUGCAUUCACUGGGGAUUUUAUAUCACCUGUGCCAUCGAUUCCUCUUACCUUGGAGCUAGCGACUUCGCAGCCGAUAUCUCUGAUAUAAGCUCGAAUUCUAACUGGUCUGGUCUCCUACCUUUUCGCACUGACCCUCAUUAUACCACAUCGUUGCAAGACAACGUACAAACCAUUUAUCGCAUAGCAUGCGAAGCCCUGUUAGCACGGCUGAUCGUCUUUAAAAUGUAUCUUGAAGCCUGCUCGAAAGCGGGCUUUUGUCAUGACCAUCGCCAACGUUGGUUGGAAUCACAAAUCUUUCCCCACAACCUC